GAUGGCUUACAAUUUUAGACAUCGCAGUCAAAGAGUGAGGUAUGAAGAAACAAGAGAUGGUGAAAGUGAUUCAAACAGUUCUGAUCUUGAAUACUCAACAUUAAUAGAAACUCCGAGAGGAAAUGGUCGUGGAAGAGGAAGAGGAAGAGGAAGAAGGAUUAAUAGGCAAAGGGAGAGGGAGCAUUCUCUCAAAAGAAGACAAGACAAUGUUACAAGGUGGGCUAACCGAGGCGGGCGUAGCCACCGAAUAGCUCGUAGAAAUAUUGUACUAGACAGUGAAGAAAGUAAUGAAAGAAAUAAUAAUUUGGAGAUGGAAACAGCUCCAUCAUCCAUUAAUCAAGAACCGUUACCAACUACAACAUCAGGAAUAUCAUCUUCUCAAAAAGCUAGACGAACUAAAAAAACAAUAUUAUCAUGGUUGACGGAUUGUAGAAAAGUUGAGGACGGGGAUUUAGUGAACUAUCUCACAGAGAGAAGUGGGCCGGUGACCGGCCGAAUAAAUAAUGGUGCAAUAAUGUGCAACUGUUGCGACAAAGAAGUUUCUGUUUGGAACUUCGAGAGACAUAAUAAAAGUGAUAGGAAACAACCCUACAAACACAUUCAAGUGUACAGGGACCCCGAAUUAUGCUCCCUCCAAGAGUCCCUCAUUGGUGCUUGGCAAAAAGAUGAAGAACAAAAACGCCGCGCCAUGUUCACGUAUGUUCCCAAAAAUAUUAACGUUGAAGAGCCUGUUUGUUUAAUUUGUGGAAACGGAGGAGAAGGAGAAUAUAUAUGCUGUCACAACUGCCCCUCAGUUUAUCAUACUUCUUGUGUCAAUAUGGAGGGUGUCCCCUACAAAAAUUGGUUAUGUCAUUAUUGCAUAUGCAAAUACUGUGGGGUCGGUGGAGUUAGUCAGCAUUUAAGCACGUGCUGCCAAUGCAAUAAGAAGUUUCAUUGGGCGUGCUUACAGUUACAGGAUCGUAAUUGUCCAUCAUUAUACUGUGGGCCAAGUUGCAAAGAGAUAUAUGAGAAAUUGGAGGGGUUACUUGGAAUCCAAAAUGAUAUUGAUGAGAGGUAUUCUUGGAGAGUUGUCCAUAAAGUGGAUACGAUCCCUGGGGUGGUUCCCGUUGAUGAGAAUCUUCGUAUGGAAAUCAAUGCAAAAGUUGCAGUUACUUGGAUGUUGAUGAAUGAAGUUUUUGAAACAAUAAUAGACCAACAAACAGGCAUCAAUGUUGUACAAAGUGUUGUUUAUAGCUGUGGAUCAAACUUAAGGAGGGUUAAUUUUAGCCGGUUUUACACAUUUGUGAUAGAGAAAGAUGAUGAGAUGAUUGGUGCUGCUUCUAUCAGGUUCCAUGGGAAAGAGAUUGUAGAAAUGCCUUUUAUUGCAACGGAUGAGGCGUACAGAGGCAAAGGAAUUUGCCGAUUACUAAUGGGGAUAAUUGAAUCGUUCAUGUGUGACCUCAAAGUUAAAAACUUGAUCAUUCCUUCUAAUGUUGAGACAACUGAAAUGUGGAAGGUGAAGUAUAACUUUGAUGUGGUUAACAACAAAGUGUUAAAGAAAAACAUAUCUUCAUAUAACAUGUUGAUGUUCCCCAGAGCUAUACGAUUAUACAAGGACUUUUUCAAUAGAAAACUUGUAGACAUGAAUGCAGAGCCUGAUCAGGAGAUAUAGUCAAUGUGUAGAGUUAAGAAUGAUGUGUGGUUCAAGUCAAGGUAAAAAUCUUAGGUAGUUACUACUUGCUCUUUGUAGACAUUUCAAGUAUUUAAUUUCUUGGGUUGUUAAAUUUUACUUUGUUUGAGAAUUCAGA